AUGGCGGAAGGCUUCAUUUCAUACCAAGAUAAAGGACCUAACGAGACUCUAAGAGAUGUGGCCCAGAGAUAUCUAACAGAACUUGUUAUGAGGUCUAUGGUUCAACUCCAUAAAUUUUGGUUAUGCUCUCCACUUAACAAGUUCGAUAAGUGUGGGCUUCAUGAUUUGAUGCAUGAUCUCUGCUAUUCUAAAGCUGAAGCCGAAGAAGAAAAGUUUCUGAAGCGCAUUGAUGCUUCUAAAUAUCUGACCGACAUUCUUUCACCAACUCAAACAAGGUUAGUAAUACCUCCCUCCAUUGGCGGUUCCGUAACCAGAUUAGCCAUCAGUUGUGACUUCGAGCGUAAUGUGUCAGGUAUAGAUGGGUUAGAGGAAGUUAAAGGUCUAAUUAGAUCGUUUAUGCUUUUCCAAAAUGGUUUAAAUUUACCAACCAAUAUUGGCUUCAAAGAGAGUACGAUUGACUUUAAGAUGUCGCAAUACUUGAGGAUAUUUGUGGUAGAAGGUUGUGAGUUUGAAGGGGGAAAUUUACCAAUCAAGGUGGGUGAACUUAUUCAUUUGAGAUACUUGAGUUUGAGGAAGUCUGGUGUGAGAGAGCUACCAAAGUCUAUAUGCAGCCUGCCAUACUUGCAGACCUUAGAUUUGAAUGUCCAGAAUGUUAUUAGAUUGCCAAAUGUGAUUUAUAAGAUGAAAAGACUAAAGCAUCUGUUUUUCUCACCAUGGUGUGACAUAAUAGUGAUUGGAGGGGAGAAACUAAGACUAGAUGGGCUGCACGAGUUGGAGACAUUAGAAUGGAUCAACAGUAAGACAACUUGCAUUGCAGAUAUCCCCAAAUUGAUUAGUCUACAGAGUCUACGUGUUAGUGUUUGGGAUGCGGAUAGCAUGUCAAUUGUGUUGAGCAACAAAAAUAGCCAAUUACGUGAGACUCGUCUUCAGGUUAAGUCAUGUGAUCUAAGUUCAGAGAAAGAUAUGGAGGUUUUAAAUGAGGGGUUGAUGUCUCCAUCGUUGGUUUUUUUGAGGAUGCAUGAAUGCAAUAUGAGUGGCGAUUUUCCACGCUACAAAAAAGGGAUGUGUCAGAAUUUAGUAAUUUUGGGACUAUUUAACUGCAAGGGUAAGGUAGACGUGGAGGAGUUUGGCAAGUAUCCCAUGUUGCAAGAGCUGACUUUACAGAACUUUGUCAAGAUGGCAGAAACAAUAACUUUCCGUUCAAAUUCAUUUCCACAACUCGAGCACCUUGGAUUAAGCGAGUUGCAAGAUUUAAAGAAAUGGGAAGUGGAAAAAGGAGCAAUGCCAAAACUUACUUCCUUGUUAAUCGAUGAGUGCCGCAAUUUGGAGAAGGUUCCAGAUGGUCUGAGAUUCUCCUCCUCUCUUCGACGGAUGGACAUCAUGAAUAUGCCAAGAGAAUUUAUAGAGAGAGUAAAUGAAGAAGAUUAUGGGCCAUUUGUCGAGAAAAGAAUAAAAGGAGCAAGUGCCUGA